UUGAAAGAGCAAACACUGGGGAGGUCUUGAGGAUUUACCCCGCAGGCAUCUCGGUCCAACCCCGAGUGGGGAAAAUGACAAUUCUUUGAAAUAGUAAAGGCUUAUCAAUCAACUCACUUCGUUCUUUCACUUAUUUCUUAGCAUAUUUAUGUAAGAAGAGAAUACGACGCACACGCUAGUUCACUGGACACCCUUGUCAAUUGCGGACCUUUACGAACAUCAUCUUCAUCCAAACAUGUCUCACCUUCAACCCUCGAGUCUAUUCUCCGUCAAAGGACUGGUCGUAGUCCUAACAGGAGGGGGAAGUGGCCUAGGCCGUAUGAUGGCCCACACGCUCGACACAAACGGCGCAUCCAAGAUUUUCAUAAUUGGCCGUCGACAAGAAGCCCUGCAAAAAACCAUCACGCAAAGCCCGAACAGCAGCAGUAGCGCCAUAAUCCCCAUUCAAGGGGAUAUCUCCUCAAAAGCAUCCCUCGAAGCAGCAUACCAGGCUAUCGCAGCACAGACAGAUCAUGUUGAUCUCCUCAUCGCUAACAGCGGCAUUCUCGGCCCACAGGCCUGUCCCCCGCCUCCCAAGCCAGACGGAUCCCUCCCCAGUCUCGCCGAGGUCCGCGAUGCCCUCUGGUCCGUCCCAACGGAGGACUUCACUAAGGUCCUAGACGUUAAUGUGACCGGUGCUUAUUAUACGGCAGUGGCUUUCCUCCCGUUGCUGGAAGCGGCGAAUAAGCGACGGCCGGCGCCUGUGAGGAAUCAGAUUGCUGCACCUACUGCGCAAGUUAUUAUUACUACUUCUAUUGCGGGGUUCAAUCGGAAGGUGCCGGUUAGUGCGGCGUAUAAUCUUUCCAAGGCAGCGGCGAAUCAUUUAGUGAAAAUGCUUUCGACGACAUUGGCAUCGUAUGAUAUCCGAGUUAAUGGCAUUGCGCCGGGGAUUUAUCUGUCUGAGAUGUCGACGCCGAAUUUUGAGGGGAGUGAUAAAGGAAUCUCGGAUGGGUCGUUUAAAAAGGAGUUCAUUCCUCUUACGAGAGCUGGUGGUGAGGAGGAUAUCGCUGGGUUGAUUCUCUAUAUGGCGAGUGCUGCGGGCGGUUAUUUGAACGGGAAUAUCACCAUCAGUGACGGUGGAAGGCUGAAUACUGCGGUGGCGACGUACUAAGGAGAACAUCUUUGGCUUUCCUUUAUGGUUCCAUCCCAUGUCAAUAUGUAAACGUUAAACUGGAGAUACAUGCAUUGACUUUUUCUCAUCAUGAGCAGACAC